UCGAUUCCCGCUUACCUAAUCUUCGCUGAGGCAAACUUCAGACGACAUGAAUCCUCAGAAAUCUGACAUUCGGACCAGAACUCAGUGACUACACCUCACUGCACUGCCAUCUACAAUGUCAUGACACUUCAUAUCUGCGUGAGGAUAUUGCCCAGGGCAUCCUGUGCACGCCAAUCCUCUUUUCAUGUCCAACAAUGCCGCUCCAUAUGUCUCAUGACAGAGACUUUUGGAAAGAAGUCACCUGCGUCCAGCAGUCUCAUUCAUAAGCUUGUACCAUUCGAAAAGUACACAGCUCCUGAUAAAUGCAUCAUUGACCUUCAUUAUGCUCCCCCUAAGAAGGGAAACAGCAGACAACCACAACGAAUGUCCCUCAAAUCUGCCAUGGAUUUCAAUAUCAAUCCAGGUUGGCUUCUAGUUCUGAAACAAUCUACUGAAUUCAACGAACGCCCCCAAUACAAGAUGGAACCAGUUACUACGAUAGAACUCCAGACGACCGCACUGGAGAAUGCCGGAAAGGGGUCACAGGGAUCGAGGAUAUUUCGAUUGGGUGCGAAGACUUCACAGGACGCCUUUCGUAAGCUUAUGGAUCUCAUGUGGCAUUACUUGUGCAGGCGCCAGCUAGUCGAGGUGCAGGUACAAUAUCAUCGGAACGAGUAUGAGAGGAAUAAGAAGCAAGACCUCGAUCCCUUCGAGAAGAUGUUUGAUGAGAAUUUGCACUGGAGAGCAGACAUCAUAUUGAAGGCUAUGCCGCCCGGUUGUGGUAUGGUCGUGGACCCGCAGACCGACAAUGAAACCGUGGUUGCUUGGAUAAUGGGGCCUCCAUAUGUUGACAAGCAGGGACGAGUCUAUCCGCCCAACAACAAGACCAAAGUGCUAUACGAAAGACGAGACAAAGCAAUUGAGAGAAAGUUGAUUCUGGAAAAGAAGUCGUCCAACAGACUCGAAAAGCUCCAUGUUGCUGGGUCUGAAGAGGGCACUCCAGCUUUGGAGGUUGGCAUUAUGGGAGGAAAGGCUGACGAGAAUGCUGUGAACUGGCAAUCCCUCAAGAUCGAGACAGCUUUGAGUAGAAGACAGCUCGAGACAGCCUUGGAGAAGAGGAGGACCUAUAGGAAACAGAUCGAAGGACAACUCUUACGAAGGGCUGAACUGAGAGAGAUGCGGAAACUGCAAAGACAAACAGAACAAAGUGGACAGUAGAGCUCAGCAGACAAACCUCGCAAGGAUUUGUACUUGCAUUCCCAUCUCAUGUCACAGCGUAUCAUGCUUUAUGGGCAACCCCAUUUGGUCGACGGCAAUGGCCCGCAGGUUCUCCCAUUUCCUACGCAAGUAUUUCUGAGAAGCCACCCACCCAUACUGUUGAACGCCCACUGAUAUGCCCAC